UCUAGGUACCUCUCCUAAACCCUCUACCACAGUCCUCUGUACUACUUCUUGCACCUCAGCUACAGGCUCUUUACUCCCCUUCUCUCCGCUCAUGAGAGAACACAUCGCCUUGCCACGGGAUUAUGUGUGUCUGUUAUGGAAUGAAGACUCUCUACCAGACAGAAGACCUCUGACUCCCUCUCGGUGAAGAGAAGCUGCAGAAAACCACAGACACAUCUGCGAACCAAGGGACUGUGAGGACUUUUAGCUUAUCUCAAAAUGGCUCCUCGCUCAGGAUACGAUGUGGAAUCCGAGAGCACACCCUUGCUCGGACGCCCGGCGAAAGCAGGAUGGGAAAGGAAACCCUUGUACACAAUGGUUGUGCUUGGUUGCCUCGGGACUAUGGUGGAGUAUUGCCAGCGGGUAAGCCUCUCCGUCGCCAUCGUUGCCAUGACGAGAGCAUAUGGCAACAGCAGUCAAGUUCUACGAGACCCUUCCUCUGCCAGUUAUAAGGACGGAGGCGAGUUCGGCGAGUGGGACGCGGCCACGCAGGGCCUCGUGUUGGGCAGCUUCUUCCUGGGCUACGCGGCCUCCAGCCUGGCGGGGGGCAGGGGGUCCGAGCACCUGGGGGGGAGGAGGUUGUUCGGGGCAGGCAUCGUUGCGUCGUCGCUCUUGGCCCUCCUGUCGCCCACCUGUGCCCGGGCGAGUCCCAAGCUCUUCGCUGUCGUCAGGAUGUUGCAAGGGGCGGCCCAGGGCGUGACUUUUCCUGCCAUCAACGUGAUGUUGGCCACCUGGAUCCUGCCCGCUGAGAGAGCCAAGUUCACCACCAUCGUGAGCUCAGGUUCGCAGCUGGGCACUGUCGUGGGCACGAUGGCCAGCGGGUGGCUGUGCUCCUCUAGCAUCUUGGGAGGCUGGCCCCUUGCCUUCUACGUGUUCGGGGCGUCCGGGCUGGUGUGGGCGCUGGCGUGGUGGGGCCUCGUGUCCGAAAGGCCGGAGGACCACCCAGGCCUGUCGGAGGCUGAGCUGAAGAUGCUGAAGCUUCACCAGGAGUGUGUCAAGGGAAAGGAGACAGUAGAUAUUCCUUGGCUGGCACUCGCGAAGUCCCUUCCCUUCUGGGCUCUGACGGCAGCCACUGUGGGGAAUGACUUCGGCCUCUACACCUUGAUGAUGCAGCUUCCCACGUAUCUGCGAGACGUCUUGCGCUUCGACUUGGAACAGAACGGAGUGGUAUCCACCUUGCCUUCUCUGCUGAUGUGGGUCUCCAGCCUCGGGUGGGCGGCGCUGGUGGACAUGCUCACUGUCAAGGGGAAGUCUUCCGUCGUCACUGUCAGGAGACUGUCCAUGGUCGCUGCAUUAUUGGGCCCCAUGUUCGGCCUAAUAGCCAUGUGCUUUGUGAAGUAUGAUGCUGUUCUGACAGUCGCUGUGCUGCUGAUCUCCGCCAUCUUGUCUGGCGCUGCGAACAGCGGGUUCCUCUGCUCCCACCAGGACUUGGCACCGAACUUGGCUGGGACUUUGCUGGGCAUCACCAAGUCCGUGGGCGCCGUGGCAGGAGUGAUCAAUCCCGCCAUCAGUAGUUUACUUCUGCACAGGGAGGACAUCAUGGUAGCAUGGCGGGAUGUGUUCAUAAUCAGUGCUGCCAUGUACUUCAUCAGCUGCGUCUGCUAUCUGACCUUCAUAUCGGCCGACGUCCAGCCUUGGAACUGCCCGCAUUUUCUACGAGGGACUUUAAUGGAAGAGAAGGCAGUGGAUUUUGUCACCUUUUCUGUCUCACUGUGCACGUCUAUUUCAGUCUCUCUCACGCCCUUGAACUCCCCUUCUUCUGUUCCUUCUUCCGUCUCUCUCUCUCUUCCCCUUCCUCUUCCUGUCCCUCUUCUUCUAUCUAUCUCCAUUUCUGUUUCGAUUUGCGUUACCUAUGGCCAAAUCACCCUCUCCGUUUCCCUUAAUUUUUCCAUAUAUCUCGUCGUUUCUAUGUCGAUUUCUCUCUCUUUCUGUUCUGUUUCCAUAUCAGCCAACAUGUCAAUUGCCUUCCUGUACACCCUGUCAGUUUCCCUUUCACUCUCACGGCCAUACACGGUGUUCGCAAGAAGAAAGUCCAAUGAAGUCCUAACGAUGUCUCAGAUGAACGUCCCACGGUGAUGCACACAUCGCAGGAAGGUUUUCAACGUAUGAGAGCUCCUGAUGUAAUGAAGUUCUGCAACUGCCGAAGUUGAGACUUCGUAGCGGUCAAGUCAAUUGUUUAUGCAACACGGAUAGUCACCUGACAGGUGAACACAUUUAGAAUACUACAAGCACAAGGAAGUAUGGCAGAAAAUGGAAUUUGUUUGGACGAACUAGUCAGCAAAGUGCAAAAAUAGUCAAAUAAAAUCUCAGUGGCGGGACAGUACCUGCCUGAUAGUUUAUAUGCAUUCGUCAGUAUGUAAGAAGGCGAAGGCAAGAAUACGCGCAAGACCUUGGAUAUGUUUUCCAUCAUCCCAGUGAAUCCAAGAAGGGCGAGAGUACUCUGCAGUAUUGCUACGCUUUCGCCAAUCUCAUCGAGAGUGGAUCCCGCAAGCACUGUUCGCAUUGCCGUACAAGAUGUCGACGAUGAAGAUAGACGACAGAUUUAUUAAGCAAUCAAUGUUCUCCAGAUUGUUUCUUGAUAUCAUUUUCAUGUUGGAGGAAACAAAGCAAUGAACGCACGGUCUAAACAGGAGGACAUGUGUCUAUUUGACGCGAAAAAAUAUGAAAUAUGCAUCUCGAUAUUUUGUAGGUAUUUUUCUUGCUUCUGUUAGUACAUAUGUUUCUCUAUUACUGUUAAUAUGGUUGAUAUUACAUGAUUUUUAGUGGA